CACCCGCUCCACCCCACGGCGCCCCCACGGCGCUUGCUCCUUCCCAACCACCUUCUUCCCCUCCCCCACAUCCGGUCUUCGCCCCUCCGGGAGCCCCAAGCCACCCCAGAAAGCUGACUGGUCCCCGAUCCCCGGAGAGAGAACUGACAUUGCAUUGCUUUCUUUGGGGCGGCAGUGUCUCUAGUUUAGGGGACUCUCACUGCCAGAAUCCGGCCGAGUGCCAGGGGCUAAGAUUACCUGCUCUCAUUCCUCUCCAGGACCCGAUCACUUUGGAGAGUUUUCUGAUACUCAUAAAGUCACUGACCUUAUUCAAGUGUCCUGCAACCUAUUCCCCACUCUAAUCACACCCCCAGCCCCAGCCUCGGAGUCAAGAGCUACAGGGACACUUCGUUCUCCUUGUAGGAUUGGUGAAACCGUAAUGAAGAAUACCCCCUAAACUCCCACAGUCGGUGCGGAUUCCUAUGGGGAAGGCCCAUAUUGUUGACAUCUUCCAGGCUUUGGUUCUGGACCUUGAGAAGGAGGAUGUGGAACUAGUGAUAGCGAUGCUUUUUAGGGUAAAUGUGUGUAGGUAUUGGGGAGAAGGGAGGGGUCAAUGGAAAAGGAAUGGAAGUGGGUUAAAGCUCGUAUUUCAGUCUUUGCUGUUCAUAGGUGUCAGCUUGUGAGUUACUUAUUUACAGACCGUCAAGCUGCUUCAGUCUAAACAUGUUAACUCUUGAUAAAAAGAAGAGAGGAAGAAUGCAGCUUGUUACCUUGUUUUACAUUUUUAUUUCCCAAGUUUCUCAGCCAUCUACGUUUUGAAAACUUGGAUUACUUUUCAAGUCAGAACUUAAAGGGCUCAAGUAACAUUUGGUGUUAAUGACCAGUAUGUGGAGUCUGAUUUAGCUUUCCAUAAUUGACUUUUUGGGUUGUAUUGGCAAAUUACAGUCCUAAAUGAUGAAUGUUGAAUGAUGCACUAUGUUUUUGUUGAAGUGAGAUUUCCUGAAAAUAAUUAAUUUCAGAAUUAAGGGAAAAUUGAUGUUGCUAUCAUGAGAAGUCAUAAAAAUACAUAUUUUAAGAACUGAAGGCGUUUAAAGCAGAUAGCAGAUAAAGCAGAAGGAACAUGAACCUGAGAUUUGGAAGACCUGGCUUCUCUAACUGCUGUUAAUCAACUCUAUGACUGAGGAAGUGGGCCUCAGUUCUUUUUUCUAUAACAUGAGGACACUGGACUAUUUUAAUUCAAAACUCAGAAAGUUAAAAGGGAUCUUACCCUCUAGGAAAGAGUUUGGGAAUGUCCUCCAUUGCUGUCAUUUUUCCUCCAAAAAUAACCUGGCUUGGAAGUCAUUGGUCCACGGGAAAUUUGACUCUCCCUAGAAACUGGAGAAAAGGUAAUGCAAGUAGAGAGGAACAGCUGGAUUUCUGCUUGAGUAAUAAACCCACUGACAGAUUCUCGUUCGAAUUUUGGAGACAUAAAGAGAAUGAGCAUAUGUACUUUAUCUGUACCAGUUUCCUCACUCUCUCCUGGCAGAAGAUGCAACACUUUUAGUGGUGCUGGGAUUCUGGGAUGUGUUUCCAUUAGUUCUAAUACAGAUGAAGAAGAUGUGGUAGAGGGAAAGAUGGUGGCAGAAGGAAUGAAUAAAGAGGCAAAGUUGCCUGCCAAAAAGAAAAGAAAGAAGGGUUCACGAAUUAAAGGGAAAAGGCGCCGAAAAAAACUGAUUCUUGCCAAAAAGUUCAGUAAGGACUUGGGAUCUGGGAGGCCUGUGGCAGAUGGCCCUGCUCCAUUUGCUUCCAGUGCCCCUGAGCAGGAUGAAGAAAGUCUUUUUGAGAGCAAUAUAGAAAAACAAAUUUAUUUACCUAGUACCAGAGCCAAGACCUCCAUUGUGUGGCACUUCUUUCAUGUGGAUCCCCAGUACACUUGGCGGGCUAUUUGUAACCUCUGUGAAAAAAGUGUCAGCAGGGGUAAGCCAGGCAGCCAUCUUGGUACAUCUACACUUCAGCGGCAUCUUCAGGCAAGGCAUUCACCUCACUGGACCAGGGCCAACAAGUUUGGAGUCACUAGUGGGGAGGAGGACUUUGCCUUGGAUGUUUCUUUAUCUCCCUCUUCUCCUGGAAGCAAUGGAAGCUUUGAAUAUAUUCCUACUGAUUCAUUAGAUGAUAAUAGAAUGGGCAAGAAACGUGAUAAAUCAGCAUCUGACGCCUUGAGGGCAGAAAGAGGGAGAUUUCUCAUCAAAAGUAACAUUGUCAAGCAUGCCUUAAUUCCUGGAACCAGAGCCAAGACAUCUGCAGUCUGGAAUUUUUUUUAUACUGAUCCUCAGCACAUUUCAAGAGCUGUGUGUAAUAUAUGCAAAAGAAGUGUGAGCCGGGGUAGACCAGGCUCCCACUUAGGAACUUCAACCCUUCAACGACACCUGCAGGCCACUCAUCCCAUCCAUUGGGCUGUUGCCAACAAAGACAAUGGUGCUGUUGGAAAUGGAUUAGAUGAGACUGAGAGUGAGAGCAGUGAUCCCUUGAAUGAUACUUUGCAUGGAGAGAAGUCUACAGGCAGCCAAGAUUUAACAGCUGAGGACCUCAGUGACUCUGGCUCAGAUGAACCUCCUGUUUUAGAGGUUGGAAAUAGACCAGAGAGUCCUGUUCCCGUUGUAGAGCAAGACGACGUAAUGCAUGCGCAAGAGACAGGAACAACAUACUGCGGGAAUCCAGCCUCCAGUCAGAUAAGUCAGGCACUUAUUCAGAUGAUUGUGGAAGACAUGCAUCCCUACAACCACUUCUCAACCCCAGCUUUUCAGAAGUUCUUGCAGAUUGUGGCUCCUGACUAUAGGUUGCCAUCAGAGACUUACUUUUUCACUAAGACUGUGCCUCAGUUAUAUGACUGUGUCAGAGAAAAAAUUUUCUUAACUUUGGAGAAUGUUCAAAGCCAAAAGAUCCACCUGACUGUGGACAUAUGGACCCAUGACCCGUCCACUGACUACUUUAUUGUGACUGUACACUGGGUCUCUUUGGAAACCACAUCUUCCAAUAAUGGUGGAGUCCCCAAUUUUAGAAAGUGGGCAGUGCUUUGUGUUACAGGCUUGGCCAAAGACUGUUUGAUAACUAACAUUUUACAAGAAUUAAAUGAUCAGAUUGGUCUGUGGCUUUCUCCUAAUUUCCUUAUCCCUAGCUUCAUUGUUUCUGACAAUUCUUCUAAUGUGGUACAUGCAAUCAAAGAUGGUGGUUUUACUCACGUACCAUGCUUCCUGCAUUGUCUAAAUAUAGUCAUUCAGGACUUUUUCUGUGAGCACAAAAGCAUUGAGAACAUGUUAGUGGCUGCUAGGAAAACUUGUCAUCAUUUCAGUCAUUCAGUCAAGGCCCGUCAGAUACUACAAGAGUUUCAAAAUGAUCACCAACUUCCAUGGAAGAAUUUAAAGCAAGAUGAAACUGGCCAUUGGAUUUCCACUUAUUAUAUGUUAAAAUGGCUCCUGGAGCAUUGCUACUCAGUUCAUCAUAGUCUUGGUAGAGCCAGUGGAGUUGUGCUCACUUCCCUUCAGUGGACUCUAAUGACCUACGUUUGUGAUAUUCUUAAGCCAUUUGAGGAGGCUGCUCAGAAAGUCAGUGUAAAGACCACAGGAUUGAAUCAGGUGCUUCCCCUAAUCCAUCAUCUACUCCUUUCUCUGCAGAAACUCAGAGAAGAUUUUCAAGUCAGAGGUAUUACUCAGGCUCUCACUCUGGUGGACAGUUUAUCUUUGAAACUUGAAACUGAUACCUUACUAAGUGCCAUGCUCAAAUCCAAGCCCUGUAUCUUGGCUACUUUGUUAGAUCCUUGCUUUAAGAACAGUUUGGAAGAUUUUUUUCCUCAAGGUGCUGAUUUAGAAAUUUAUAAACAGAUCCUUGCUGAAGAGGUUUGUAAUUAUAUGGACUCUUCACCAGAAACCUGCCAAAUUGCAACUUCAGAAGUAUCUGGUCCCUUAGUUACAGUGGGAGCUGAUUCAUUUACCUCAUCCUUAAAAGAAGGCACCUCCAGUUCAGGUUCCAUGGAUAGCUCAGCUGCAGAUAGUGUUGCCAUUGGAAGCAAAGGCUUUAUGUUCCCUUCUGCUAUAGCAGUAGUGGAUGAGUACUUCAAAGAGAAGUAUUCAGAGCUCACAGGAGGUGAUGACCCUUUGAUUUACUGGCAGGGGAAGGCGAGCAUCUGGCCAGCUUUGACCCAAGUUGCCGUUCAGUAUCUAAGUUGCCCCAUGUGCAGUUGGCAAUCUGAAUGUAUGUUUACCACAAAUAGUCACUUCCACCCAAAGCAGGUCAUGCACAUGGACUUCGACAAUACAGAACAGCUGAUAUUUCUGAAAAUGAACUCGAAAAACAUUAACUACGAUUAUUCUACAUUGGUUCUCAGCUGGGAUCCAGAGACUAAGGCUGCUCAAAACAAUGAAAAAGAAAUAUUACCUUAAUUUCUUAUUCCUUUCUCUAUUUAAAAUGGGCAACUUUUGCUAUAUUACUGUAUCCUUACUGCUAUAGUUACUAUGUAGAGUCAUGUUGAUUAUUCUUUAAACACCAGGAGGGCAUGGUGGCACACACCAAUAGUCCCGCUUGGGAGGCUGAGGCAGGAAGAUUACUUCACCCGUGAAUUCGAGACCAGCCUGGGCAACACAGGG